CAGGUUCACUCUCCGCAGCCUGUGCCACACGCAGACUCCGAAGGAAUACAGGAACAAGAGUUACUUCAAGACAAGCAUCAAAAUUCACAUAACUUUGGAAAGAAGUGCACGCAAAUUGUACAAUUCCACAAGACUCCACCCAAAAAGCGAGACAGCGAAUUAGUGCAGGAGACCCGAGUCGAUAAAAAUGAGUCAACACACACGCCCCCACCAGUCGAGUGCCGCUGCCGCCGCUCCCCGAUCCAACGCUUCUCUCUCCCCGGACAAGGACGCAGACAUGCCCGCUACAGAGAAAGAUCUCGCCGAGGACGCGCCAUGGAAGAAGAUCCAGCAAAACACAUUCACGCGUUGGUGCAACGAGCAUCUGAAAUGUGUCAAUAAGCGCUUAGCGAACCUGCAGACGGACCUGAGCGAUGGGCUCCGGCUGAUCGCGCUUCUGGAGGUGCUCAGCCAGAAGAAGAUGUUCCGCAAGUACAACCAGCGCCCCACGUUCAGACAGAUGCAGCUGGAGAACGUCUCUGUGGCUCUGGAGUUCCUCGACAGGGAAAACAUCAAGCUGGUGUCUAUAGACAGUAAGGCCAUAGUGGAUGGGAACCUGAAGCUGAUCUUAGGUCUGAUAUGGACUCUGAUUCUCCAUUAUUCCAUCUCCAUGCCCAUGUGGGACGAGGAGGAGGAGACCGAAGAAAGCAAGCAGAAGACACCCAAACAGAGGCUGCUCGGAUGGAUCCAGAACAAGCUGCCCGAGCUGCCCAUCACCAACUUCAGCCGGGACUGGCAGUCAGGGAAAGCCCUUGGCGCUUUGGUGGACAGUUGUGCCCCAGGUCUUUGUCCAGACUGGGAUUCCUGGGACCAGACCAAGCCUGUGGACAAUGCCAGGGAGGCCAUGCAGCAGGCUGAUGACUGGCUUGGUGUUCCUCAGGUGAUCACUCCAGAAGAAAUCGUUGAUCCCAAUGUGGACGAGCACUCUGUUAUGACUUACCUGUCCCAGUUCCCCAAAGCCAAACUCAAGCCUGGUGCCCCCCUGCGGCCCAAACUCAACCCCAAAAAGGCCCGUGCCUAUGGACCAGGUAUUGAGCCCACAGGUAAUGUUGUUAUGAAGAAGGCAGUGUUCACUGUUGAGACCAUCAGUGCUGGUCAGGGCGAGGUUCUGGUUUACGUGGAGGACCCAGCCGGCCACCGUGAGGAGGCCAAAGUUACAGCCAACAAUGACAAGAACCGCACCUACUCUGUAUUCUAUGUACCAAAAGUCACUGGACAACACAAGGUGACAGUGCUGUUUGCAGGGCAACACAUCUCCAAGAGCCCAUUUGAGGUGGAUGUGGGAAUGGCUCAGGGAGACUCCAGCAAGGUCACUGCCCAGGGCCCAGGACUUGAGCCUGCUGGCAACAUUGCCAACAAGACCACAUACUUUGAUGUCUACACAGCUGGUGCUGGAGUAGGAGAGGUCGAGGUGGUCAUUAUGGACCCCAAUGGAAAGAAGGGCACUGUUGAAUGCAGUGUUGAGGAUAAGGGCAACAGCAGCUACCGAUGCACUUACAAGCCCACUCAGGAGGGCCAGCACAUCAUCUAUAUCACCUUUGCUGGGGGGCAGAUUUCCAAGAGCCCUUACACUGUCCGUGUGGGAGAGGCCUGUAAUCCAAGCCUGUGUAGAGCCAAGGGCCGUGGUCUGCAGCCUAAAGGCUUGAGAAUCAAGGAGACUGCAGAGUUCAAGGUUUACACUAAAGGAGCUGGCACUGGAGACCUCAAAGUCACCAUCAAAGGGCCCAAGGGUCUUGAGGAGCCCUGUAAGAAGAAGGAUCUGGGAGAUGGCGUGUACAGCUUUGAGUAUUACCCUACCACACCUGGGAAUUACAUCAUCACGAUCACAUGGGGUGGACAACACAUCCCACACAGUCCGUUUGAGGUAAAGAUUGGAUCUGAAGCAGGACCGCAGCAGGUCAGGGCAUGGGGUCCAGGACUGGAGAGUGGUGUGGUAGGCAAGUCAGCUGACUUUGUGGUGGAAGCUGUCGGGGAUGACGUGGGCACUUUGGGGUUCUCAGUGGAGGGCCCAUCCCCGGCUAAGAUCGAAUGUGACGAUAAGGGAGAUGGCUCCUGUGAUGUGAGGUACUGGCCCACAGAACCGGGCGAGUAUGCGGUUCAUGUGCUCUGUAAGAACGAGGACAUCCAGCUCAGCCCUUUCAUGGCUGAAGUCGUACCUGCUCCAGGAAAAGACUUCUACCCUGACAAGGUGAAAGCUUAUGGUCCAGGUCUGGAGAGCUCUGGCCUUUCAGUCGGCAAACCAGCAGAGUUCACUGUGGAUGCCAAACUAGGUGGCAAAGCUCCUCUAAAGAUUCAAGCUCAGGACCGUGAUGGAAAGCCAGUGGAUGUGCAGGUGAAGGACAAUAGUAACGGAACAUACAGCUGCAGCUAUACCCCUCGCAAACCACUCAAACACACUAUGAUGGUGUCCUGGGGAGGAGUCAACAUCCCAGAGAGCCCAUUCAGGAUGAACAUUGGGGCAGGGUGCCAUCCCAAUAAGGUGAAAGUAUCAGGACCUGGAGUGGCCAAGACUGGCCUGAAGGCAUUUGAACCAACAUACUUCACUGUGGAUUGUGCCGAGGCGGGACAGGGUGACAUCAGCAUAGGCAUCAAAUGCGCUCCAGGUGUUGUGGGACCUGCUGAGGCUGACAUCGAUUUCGACAUCAUUAGAAAUGACAAUGACACAUUCACCGUCAAAUACACCCCCCCUGGAGCGGGCAGCUACACAAUCAUGGUGCUGUUUGCUGAGCAGGCCAUUCCCCUGACGCCCAUCAGAAUCAAGGUUGAUCCCUCUCAUGAUGCCAGCAAGGUUAAAGCAGAAGGCCCUGGACUCAACCGUACUGGUGUGGAGCUGAACAAACCCACUCACUUCACUGUGAACACCAAGGCCGCAGGCAAAGCUAGGCUUGACACUCAGUUCACUGGACCCACCAAGGGAGAGGCGGUCCGUGACUUUGACAUCAUCAACAAUCAUGACGGCACCCACACUGUUAAAUACACCCCUGUUCAACAGGGCAAUAUGGGUUUGAAUGUCACAUAUGGUGGUGAUCCCAUUCCCAAGAGCCCGUUUGCUGUAGCAGUCGCCCCAUCCCUGGAUCUCAGUAAAGUUAAAGUGGCUGGUAUUGGAGAUACAAUGACCGUCGGCAAGGAUCAGGAGAUCACAGUCAAGUCCAAAGGAGCAGGUGGCCAGGGAAAGGUUGGCGCCAAGGUCACAGGUCCAUCUGGCAAAUCGGUGCCUUGUAAAGUUGAACCAGGCCUGAGCCCAGAAACCAGUCAGGUCCGUUUUAUCCCCAGAGAUAAGGGACCCUAUGAGGUUGAACUGACAUUUGAUGGCGCUCCCAUCCCCGGCAGUCCGUUCCCCAUGGAAGCCAUUGCACCUACUGACCCAUCUAAGGUGCGAUGUUCUGGGCCAGGUCUGGAGCGAGCUAAGGUUGGCGAGCCAGGACAGUUUGUGGUCGAUUGCACUAAUGCUGGUCCUGCUGAGCUGACUAUCGAGAUCAUCUCAGACAAUGGCACCGAGGCUGAAGUCCAUAUUCAGGACAAUGGGGAUGGAACCUACACCAUCACUUACAUCCCUCUGUACCCUGGAGCUUAUACUCUCACCAUCCGCUAUGGUGAUCAGGAUGUGCCAAACUUCCCAGCCAGACUCAACGUGGAGCCUGCUGUGGAAACCGGUGGAGUGAAAGUGUUCGGACCUGGAGUGGAAGGCAAAGGUGUUUUCCGGGAGGCCACUACUGAUUUCACUGUGGAUGCUCGUCCUCUCACCAAAACGGGUGGCAAUCAUAUCAAGACCUGUAUCAAUAACCCAUCAGGCAACCGCACAGAAGCUCUGAUUAGAGACCUGGGAGAUGGCACCUACCAAGUGGAGUACACGCCCUAUGAGGAGGGCACACACCGUGUUGAGGUUACAUAUGAUAACGCCCCAGUUCCCAAGAGCCCGUUCCGUGUGCCAGUGACCGAGGGUUGUGACCCAGCACGUGUGCGUGUACAUGGUCCAGGACUUCAGUCUGGCAUCACUAACAAACCCAACAAGUUUACAGUGGAGACCCGUGGGGCCGGUACAGGUGGACUGGGGCUGGCUAUGGAGGGACCUUCUGAGGCCAAAAUGUCCUGCACUGAUAACAAAGAUGGCAGCUGUUGUGUUGAAUACAUCCCAUAUGAGCCAGGCACAUACAACCUCAAUGUCACCUAUGGAGGCCAACCAAUCACUGGUCAGCAUUUGCAUCAUGUACUAGUAUUUCUUUCUGUCUGUCUGUCUCUCUAUUUUUUUGUUUAUUGUAUUUUCUUACUCAGAGUGCAGGGACCCAAAGGUGUCGUGGAGCCUGUUGAGGUGGUGGAUAAUGGUGACCGGACUCACACAGUCAGCUAUGUACCCACCAGAGAGGGGCCGUAUUCUAUUAAUGUCCUGUAUGCUGAUGAAGAGAUCCCACACAGUCCUUAUAAGGUGAAGGUUCUGCCCACUCAUGAUGCUAGUAAAGUCCGUGCCAGUGGCCCUGGUCUGAAUACCACCGGUGUGCCUGCCAGUCUGCCUGUGGAGUUCACUAUUGAUGCCAAAGAUGCAGGAGAGGGACUCUUGGCUGUCCAGAUCACUGACCCUGACGGGAAGCCAAAGAAGGCUAACAUUCGUGAUAAUCAGGAUGGGACGUAUCUUGUGUCCUAUGUGCCUGACAUGACUGGCCGUUACACUAUUCUCAUCAAAUACGGUGGUGAUGAGAUCCCAUACUCUCCAUAUCGUAUCAGAGCCCUGCCAACAGGAGAUGCCAGCAAAUGCACAGUCACAGUCUCAAUCGGAGGUCACGGUUUGGGUGCUGGAGUUGGUCCAACUAUUCAGAUCGGAGAGCAGACGGUCAUCACUGUGGAUGCAAAGGCUGCUGGGAAGGGCAAGGUGACGUGCACGGUGUGCACUCCGGAUGGAGGCGAGGUGGAUGUGGACGUAGUUGAAAAUGAGGAUGGAACAUUUGACAUCUUCUACACAGCACCCCAGCCUGGCAAAUAUGUCAUCUGUGUGCGCUUCGGUGGAGAACACAUCCCCAACAGCCCCUUCCAAGUCACGGCUUUGGAAGGUGACUCUCCUGACCAACUAAUGCAGCAGACCCAGAACCUGCAGUAUGCCUACGCGCCCAACAUGGGCCAGCCAUGGGCUACAGACGGGCAGUUGGGCAUGAACGGACUGGAUGUAGCUGGUCUGAGACCCUUCGACUUGGUCAUUCCUUUCACCAUCCAGAAAGGAGAAAUUACAGGUGAUGUGAGAAUGCCUUCUGGAAAAGUGGCCAAGCCUGAUAUUACCGAUAACAAGGAUGGCACAGUCACCGUGAAAUAUGCCCCAACUGAGGCUGGCCUGCAUGAGAUGGACAUCAAAUACGACGGAAUACACAUCCCAGGAAGUCCACUGCAGUUCUAUGUGGAUUAUGUCAACAGUGGUCAUGUGACUGCCUAUGGUCCUGGUCUAAUUCAUGGCAUGGUUAAUAAACCUGCAGUCUUCACUGUCAACACCAAGGAUGCUGGAGAGGGUGGUCUGUCUCUGGCCAUCGAGGGUCCGUCAAAGGCAGAUAUCAGCUGCACUGAUAAUCAGGACGGUACCUGUACUGUCUCUUACCUCCCUGUUCUUCCUGGAGACUACAACAUCAUUGUCAAGUACAACGACAAGCACAUUCCCGGCAGCCCUUUCAUGGCCAAGAUCACAGGUGAUGACUCGAUGCGCAUGUCUCAUCUGAAGGUGGGCUCAGCGGCUGACAUCCCUCUAGACAUCGGCGAGCUGGACCUCAGCCAGCUGACCGCGUCUCUUACCACCCCCUCUGGCCGGGAGGAGCCGUGUCUGCUCAAGAUGCUCAGGAAUGGGCAUGUGGGUAUUUCCUUUGUGCCCAAGGAAAUUGGAGAGCACCUGGUUAACAUUAAGAAAAAUGGACGUCAUAUUCCUAAUAGCCCCAUCUCAGUCAUGAUCAACCAAUCUGAGCUCGGUGAUGCCAGCCGUGUGCGUGUAACUGGUCAAGGCCUGAGUGAAGCUCGCACCUUUGAGCCUGCAGAAUUUGUCAUUGACACCAGAGAUGCAGGAUAUGGAGGACUCAGCUUGUCUAUUGAGGGACCCAGUAAAGUAGAUAUAAACACUGAAGAUCAGGAAGAUGGCACCUGCAAAGUCACUUAUUGCCCCACAGAACCAGGAAAUUACAUUAUUAACAUCAAAUUUUCAGACCAACAUGUUCCAGGAAGUGCUUUUACCGUCAAAGUGACAGGAGAGGGUCGGAUGAAGGAGAGCAUCACCCGCAGAAGAAGAGCUGCCUCUGUGGCCAAUGUUGGCAGCCAGUGCGACCUCAGCCUGAAGAUCCCUGAGAUCAGCAUCGCAGACAUGACCGCUCAGGUGACCAGCCCAUCUGGCAAAGUACACAAGGCUGAGAUCAUGGAGGGAGAAAACAACACGUACUGCAUUCGCUUCGUGCCCACGGAGAUGGGUGUGCACACGGUCAGUGUGAAGUAUCAAGGUCAGCAUGUCCCCGGAUCCCCCUUCCAGUUCACUGUGGGUCCUCUUGGAGAGGGAGGCGCCCAUAAGGUCCAUGCAGGAGGCCCAGGAUUAGAGAGAGCAGAGGCGGGUGUACCAGCUGAGUUCAGCAUUUGGACCCGUGAAGCAGGAGCUGGUGGUCUGUCCAUUGCGGUCGAGGGACCCAGCAAGGCAGAGAUUGCAUUUGAAGACCGCAAGGAUGGAUCCAGCGGUGUCUCCUACAUUGUCCAGGAGCCUGGCGAUUAUGAAGUAUCCAUCAGAUUCAAUGAUGAGCACAUCCCUGACAGUCCAUUUGUGGUGCCUGUGGCCUCACCAUCUCAUGACGCCCGCCGUCUCACUGUUGCCAGUCUUCAGGAGUCCGGAUUAAAGGUGAACCAGCCGGCCUCUUUUGCUGUGAGCCUAAAUGGGGCGAAGGGAGUCAUCGAUGCCAAAGUUCACAGCCCAUCCGGAGCGCUUGAAGAGUGCUGUGUUACAGAGAUCGAUGAAGAUAAGUAUGCUGUGAGAUUCAUCCCCAGGGAGAAUGGCCUGUACCUGAUAGAUGUGAAAUUCAAUGGUUCUCACAUCCCUGGAAGCCCCUUCAAGAUCCGUGUUGGUGAAACUGGCCAGGCUGGAGACCCAGGAAUGGUGUCUGCUUAUGGAGCUGGUCUGGAAGGAGGCACCACUGGAUCUCCAUGUGAGUUCAUUGUGAACACAAGUUCAGCUGGCCCAGGAGCUUUGGCAGUGACCAUCGAUGGGCCUUCCAAAGUGAAGAUGGACUGUCAGGAAUGCCCAGAGGGCUACAAGGUCACCUACACACCUAUGGCACCUGGAAACUACCUAAUUUCGAUCAAAUACGGUGGACCAUACCAUAUUGUUGGCAGCCCAUUCAAAGCUAAAAUUACAGGCUCCCGAUUGGUCAAUAGCCACAGUAUGCACGAGACUUCAUCAGUACUAGUUGACCCUGUGACCCGCAGUGUGACGACCAGCCAGCAGGCAGUGCCGGGCUGGGGCAGCUCCGACACCAGCCGUGUAGUUGCCAAGGGUCUUGGACUCAACAAGGGCUUCAUAGGACAGAAGAACACUUUCAGUGUGGACUGUAGUAAAGCAGGGAGGAACAUGCUCCUGGUUGGAGUGGACGGACCCAAAGUGCCCUGCGAGGAGAUCUUGGUGAAACACUUGGGUAACCGUCUGUAUAAUGUGUCCUACCAGCUGAAGGAGAAAGGAGAGUACAUCCUGGUGGUGAAAUGGGGCGACGAGCACAUCCCCGGGAGCCCGUAUCACAUCACUGUCUAACUGCCCUUCACCAAAACCUACAGCAUCAAAUACAGGAACACUGAAAACUCUCUUGUCCUUCUUCCUUUUUAUGAUCCUCUCAUCCUGUAUCUUCCUGCACCACUAUUCAGCUUUCAAGCAAGAGAGGGAUUUCAAAAAAGCACCUUGUCACUGUAUGACAGUCAUUUUUGGAUCCUGUUACAUUUGCUGCAUUCCGUAAUCCUUUUAAAUCAGAGGGUCCUGGUGGCUUUUGCUCCGUGUUUGGUUUGUUGCUGAUCUAGUCUCUAACACAGAGUAGCUGCUAGUAUGUUUUGCCUGGUUUAGGAGACUGCUGUUCCAGUCAUAACUGUACAGAGUAACCAUUGCUAGUAGCAGGAGAAAUACAGAUGUGAUUCAGCCGCUUGUUUAACACACAUUUUUCAUUAUACUUACCAUUGGGUGAAGAGGCGCUUAAACAUAGACUGUCACGUAGACUGAAUUAACACUGGUGCCGAAGCUCUGUGGGUCUGACCUUCUGUCUGAGUGUUUUGAAUAUUUUUCAGUCUGCAGAGCUGCAUGUUGCUUCCGUUUGACCAUGAAGACAUUUUUGAAAAUGUCAUUUGGGUGCCAUUUAAAACCAGGAUUAUGUGCCAAGUGAUUUAGCAAUCAAAGGGAAUUUACAUGGCAGAAUAAAGAUGUUGACCAUGUCAUUUGGCUGAAGGUGUAACGAAAGGGAGAUUUUUGAUGCAUACUGCUUGAGUUUAUUGUUGGUUAUGUAAAACACACUUGGAAGUUGUAACAUCUGGCAAAACGUCACUUAUUUGCGCUCACUUUGUCAGGUCUUUAGCCCUUUGUGCUCCAAUGUCAAUGUAUAAUCAGUAUUCAAGAAUAAAAAUAAAUAAAUUAGUUGUCUAAAAAAAAUUAAAGUUUUGACAUUUUGACAAAGUAUUUUGAUACACAAUAAAGUUGUCUUAACUAUUUUUCUGUCAA